AUGCAGCAAGAUGGGAAAUUAAAUUCAGAAUCGGCGUUAAAACUUAAUUCAAAUUUAGAUUUCAAAGUUUGUUCAUGUGCGCAGAAAGUUUUGAAAGACGAUUGGGAGGAUCACCAAAUAGUAUGUCCAAGAAGACGGUUGACAUGUCCAGCUUUUGUAUCUUUUUUAAGUGGCAUUUCGAAAUUUGAACAACCAUACUGGAAAAUAUAUGGAGAACGAUACGCAGAAUUUUCAUUAUCAUCUGUUGAAUCUAAUUGUCCACCAACAUUAAAGGAAUUAACGAAAUUGCAAAUUUUGCAGAGCAUAGGUAAUUUAGAUGAGCUUAAAACAAACAAGAUUCCAUCUGCUAUAAUUCAUACACUCCGCUGGGAAUGUCCUACAUUUUCGACGAAAGCAGAGUUGAACAAACAUUUGGUUGGUGCAUGUUUCUACUAUAAGGUUCAGUGUUUGUUUUCGCCAAUCAUGAGACCAGGUCUUUAUAAUGUGCAUGCAACCAACUGUCAUAAUAAUAAUAUGUGCCUAAAACUCGAGCUUUCCAGACAGGAAUUUCAUGCACAUUCAAGUCAAGCGGCAUUAGAUCCUAUUUCACAACGAUUACCUUCGACACCACAUAUUUUUCCAUAUCAUUGUUCAUUAUGCGAUCAUUGCUUUCUAAAUUCAGAUACUCACAUAUGUAUGCCAUCUCCACCAAUUCCAGAAUAUGAUAUAAUAUGUCAUUGUUGUAAAUCAAAACUAGUUCAACCGAAAAAAACACAUCACGAGAUAGAAAACGCAUGUCAGGUUUGUUGUAAUCAAGAUAAUAAUAAUCCAACAGUGAUCGGUAUGGUUGGAAUGGUUUCAUUUCAUAACCAAAAGAAUUAUGGAAUAGAAAAUCAAAAAAUGCAAUGGAAGAAUGUUAAACGGAAUAUUAUUAAAUCUAAUGUUAAAACACACGAAACCGAGGCAAGUAUUAAUGAUAGUUAA